AAUCCCUAAUUCCCUAUCGAGACAAAAAGAUCGAAGGUAGAAGACGCCUCGAUGCCCUUUGAUUAAACGCCGAAGAGGAAAAAGAAACCAGGAAAACCCACAAAAAAAAAAAAAAAAACUGAAAAAAAUAAAAAUUCGCGUCGUCGUCGUCAGCUCAUCCUCCACAGCGCCCUUCCCUAUUCGCCCAUCCGAUUAUCCGUCUUUCUUUCUUCUCCGAUCAAUCGCAGUUUGUCUCCGCCUUCAAUUGUCCCCUCGCCGCCGUCCCUGCAAGCUUUUUUUACCAUUUAGGGGAAGAAAGAGGAAAACGGAAAAAAACACAACGUAAGACAGCAGAGCGAAGCAAAACCGUGUCUGUUUCGUCAAAAUUGGCACGUGCGCUUUCUCGGCCCCGCCCCUUUGCUUUCCCUCGUUCCUUCCCCCAAUUCGCGACCUUCGUCUUCCCUCUCGCAUCGCGACUUGCUUUCCAAAACCCAAUCCCUAAUCCAGUCAAUUUCAUCUCGGAAUUUGCCCUCUUGAUCUCGCAAUCGCCUUUUUCCUCCUUUUCACCCCUGCACCCUCGUCCCUUUCAGUCAAAGUCGGAAGCUGGGUCUUGGUCGGAGGCUCUUUUCAUUAUUGCACUUGGAGCUAGAGCAGCAUGACUAGGUUUUAGCUUCAUAUAGGAGGAAUGAAUGUGCAGGCGCAUGUGUCUGGGCAGAUAUCAGGGCAAGUCCCUAAUCAGCUUGCCCAGCAAAAUGGGAAUUCUCUCCCACCUGCUCAAAUGCAGGGUUUAUCUGUUCCUGGUGGCGGAGUUGCUGCCGCUAGCCAUAUGUACGUGGAUAAUGAGCUUAACAGAGCUCGCAUUUUUAUCCGAGAGAAAAUAUUUGUAAUUAUUACGCAGCGGCAUCAGCUAGUUAGCGAAGCACAUAAACAAAAAUUUAGAGAUAUUGCCAGACGCUUGGAGGAGGGUCUAUUCAAGCAAGCUUUGUCGAAGGUGGAAGAGUAUACAGACCUAGGUACUUUAGAAUAUCGCCUUGGUACUCUACUCAAGCGAACAUCCCUGAACAGUCAAAGUCAACGCCAUGCUCAAAUAGUCAACUCUUCAUCUUCUGUUGGUACGAUGAUACCAACCCCUGGGAUAUCUCACAGUGGGAACUCUAACUUGAUGACUUCUUCUGUUGAUCCAAUGAUGAUUUCGUCUAGUGGGAGUGAUAGUAUAGCCCCUACAUCUGUCUCCUCUGGGAGCAUGAUGCCUAUGAGUGGUAUGCAAGGAGCCAUGUCGAAUGGGUAUCAGCAAUCUCCAGCAAAUUUCUCUAUUAAUUCUGGUGGGAACAUGUCAUCUAUGGGGGUGCAAAGAAUGGCAAGCCAGAUGAUCCCCACUCCUGGAUUCAAUAGCAACAGUAAUAAUAGCCAGUCUUACAUCAAUAUGGAUUCUGCUAACAGCAGUGUUGGUCAUUCAACUGUUGAAACUACUAUGUUACAAUCUCCACAGCAGAAGCAGUUUCUCGGUGGUCAAAACAGUCGUAUAUUGCAAAACCUUGGCAGCCAAAUGGGUAGUAAUAUCAGAUCUGGUUUGCAACAGAAAUCAUAUGGUUUUGCUAAUGGGUCUUUAAACGGUGGAAUGGGGAUGACGGGGAACAAUAUUCAGCUUGUGAACGAACCUGGAACCUCCGAGGGCUAUAUAACUGCCACUCAGUAUGCAAGUGCACCCAAACCACUUCAGCAGACCUUUGACCAACAGCAGCAACAAUUAGUGCAUGGUGAUGGGUAUGGCAUGGCAUCCGAUCCUCUUGGAUCUGGGAAUUUUUAUGGUGCCGUAUCAUCUGCUGGAUCCAUGAUGAAUGCCCAGAAUAUUGGUGGCUUGCAGCCUAUGACAAAGUCUGGCUCUCAUAUGGUUAGUAAUUCUUCAAAUUUACAUGGCAUGCCACAGGCUGUGCAUGUAAAGACUCAACCAGUUGAACAGUCUGACAAAGUGAACUAUCCUCCCCAAUUAUCAUCUAGAGAAAGUCUCAUACAGUCUCAUCAACAACAACAAUUUCAUCCAAAUCCUCAUCAGAUGCAGCAGCAGCAGCACCACUUCAUUCAACAGCAACGUCUUCAUAGGCAGCAAAGCCAGCAGCACCAGCAGUUACUGAAUACAGAUACUUUUACACAGCCUCAGCUACCCUCUGAAAUUGCUCAUCCAGUAAAGCGUGAGCCUGGAUUGGAGAUUCAGAAUGAGUUGUUAAACACACAAACUUCUGAGCAGUUCCAAGUUCCUGCAUUGCAAAACCAAUUUCAACAGAAUACUUCUGAAGAUAAUUCUCGUGGUGCACAGAACGUCUCUCUUGCUUCUGGACAGCAUGAACCAUAUACACCUCAAUUGCCUCAAUGCUCACAGCAAAUGCAGCAGAUGUUGCAUCCUCAUCAGCUAGUGCCAGACUCCCAGAAUAAUUUUAACAGCCUUCCUGUUGCAACACAACCGGAGUCGUUACAGGGUCAGUGGCACCCUCAGUCACAUGACUGGGCUCACAUGCCAGGGAGCAUGUCACACGAGCAGCACUUCCAUGAGGAAUUCCGCCAAAGAAUAUCCAGGCAAGAUGAAGCGCAACGUAACAACUUAGCAUCAGAAGGACCUAUUACUGGUCAAACUUUUCCACCUCGGAGCACAGUAGAGACUCGGAUUGUAGGAAACAAUGCCAAUUAUAAGUAUGGUAAUGCAAAUCGUGACCGGCAGUUCAUAAAUCAACAGAGGUGGCUUUUGUUCUUGCGGCAUGCUCGUCGUUGUACAGCUCCUGAAGGGAAAUGUCAAGAGAAUAAUUGCAUUACUGUCCAAAAGUUGUGGAGGCAUAUGAGUAAAUGCACUAUUAAGCCUUGUCCUUAUCCUCGGUGCCAACGCACUAGGGAACUGCUCCACCACAACAAAACCUGCAGGGAUGCAGGAUGCCCUGUUUGCAUUCCUGUAAAAAAUUAUCUGGAGAGUUACUUGAAGACACACUGUCGUCCAAUCCCAGAUGCUGCUGCUGCUUUGCAGAACAAGCCCAAUGAGAAUACAGAUAAUGCAUCCAGAUUGAUUGCUAGAGCUCCUUUGGUUGUUGAAACUUCAGAAGAUCUACAGCCAUCUUUGAAGCGCAUGAAGAUAGAGCAAUCUCCUCAAUCCGCUAAGCCUGAGAGUGAAAGUUCAGCUUCGGCAGCUAGUGAUGCUCAUAUGACUCAGGAUGGCCAAUGUCAAGACUACAAAUAUGGUGAUGCUAGUGUGCCGGUUAAGCCAGAGUACAUCGAGGUAAAGUUGGAUGGUCCACUGAGUUCCAGACAAGCGAACACUAACAAUGCCGAUAUGAAGAAGGAUAACCUGGAUGACAUAACCAGCCAAAGGCUGAAUGAAUCUAUUGUACAAGAUGGGCCUGCUGAUGUAGCUAGACAGGAUGUUGUCAAAGUUGAAAAGGAAACUGAUCCUGUGAAGCAGGACAAUGUUUCACAGCCGGCUGAACCUGCAGCUGGGACUAAGUCUGGAAAGCCAAAGAUUAAGGGUGUGUCAUUGACCGAAUUGUUUACACCAGAGCAAAUCAGAGAGCAUAUCACAGGUCUCAGGCAGUGGGUUGGUCAGAGCAAAGCAAAAGCUGAGAAAAACCAGGCAAUGGAGCAUGUUAUGAGUGAAAAUUCUUGUCAAUUGUGUGCAGUUGAAAAGCUUACCUUUGAGCCGCCACCGAUUUAUUGCACGCCUUGCGGUGUUCGUAUUAAGCGAAAUGCAAUGUAUUAUACUAUGGGAGCUGGGGAGACACGCCACUAUUUCUGUAUUCCAUGUUAUAACGAUUCCCGUGGUGACAGUAUAUCUGUUGAUGGGAGUUCCGUUCCUAAGGCAAGGCUUGAGAAGAAGAAGAAUGACGAGGAGACUGAAGAAUGGUGGGUUCAAUGUGACAAAUGUGAAGCAUGGCAACAUCAAAUUUGUGCUUUGUUUAAUGGUCGAAGGAAUGAUGGGGGCCAAGCCGAAUAUACUUGCCCGAAUUGCUAUAUAGCAGAGAUUGAAGAAGGAGAGCGCACACCAUUGCCACAAAGUGCUGUUCUUGGUGCCAAAGAUUUGCCCAGGACCAUACUUAGUGACCACAUAGAACAACGAUUGGUUAAGAGACUGAAGCACGAAAGACUGGAGAGGGCCAGAGUUCAGGGGAGAAGUUAUGAUGAGGUUCCUGGAGCAGAAUCCCUUGUAGUUCGUGUUGUUUCUUCAGUUGACAAAAAGUUAGAAGUGAAGCAGCGGUUCCUUGAAAUAUUCCGGGAAGAUAAUUAUCCACUUGAAUUCCCAUAUAAAUCUAAGGUAGUUUUGUUAUUUCAGAAGAUUGAAGGUGUGGAGGUGUGUCUGUUUGGUAUGUAUGUGCAAGAAUUUGGAACGGAAGCUCACUUCCCGAAUCAGCGUCGUGUCUAUCUGUCAUACCUGGAUUCUGUAAAAUAUUUUAGACCUGAAGUCAAAGCAGUUACAGGGGAGGCACUUCGUACAUUUGUAUACCAUGAAAUUCUGAUUGGUUACCUAGAUUAUUGUAAGAAAAGGGGUUUUACUAGCUGUUACAUAUGGGCUUGUCCUCCAUUGAAGGGUGAAGAUUACAUACUCUAUUGUCAUCCAGAAAUACAGAAAACGCCCAAGUCUGAUAAACUCCGAGAAUGGUACUUGGCAAUGUUAAGGAAAGCUUCAAAAGAAAAUGUUGUAGUUGAACUAACAAAUUUGUAUGACCAUUUCUUUGUGUCCACUGGUGAAUGCAAAGCUAAGGUAACUGCAGCGAGGCUUCCGUACUUUGAUGGUGACUACUGGCCUGGUGCUGCUGAAGACUUGAUUUAUCAGCUUAAUCAAGAUGAGGAUGGCAGAAAACAUAAUAAGAAGGGAACUACCAAAAAGACUAUAACAAAGAGGGCUCUGAAAGCAUCUGGUCAGUCAGAUCUUUCAGGAAAUGCAUCAAAGGAUCUGCUGCUGAUGCAUAAGCUCGGUGAGACGAUUUCUCCAAUGAAGGAAGAUUUUAUCAUGGUGCAUCUACAGCACUGCUGCACACAUUGUUGUACACUGAUGGUAUCAGGGAACCGGUGGGUUUGCAACCAGUGCAAAAGUUUUCAAAUCUGUGACAGGUGUUAUGAGGUGGAACAGAAACGUGAAGAAAGAGAACGACAUCCUGUCCACCAUAGGGAAAAGCAUGGACUAUAUCCAGUUGAGAUCAAUGAUGUGCCUGUUGAUACAAAGGACAGAGAUGAAAUUCUUGAGAGUGAAUUCUUUGAUACAAGGCAGGCUUUCCUUAGUCUCUGCCAGGGGAAUCAUUAUCAGUAUGAUACUCUCCGUCGUGCUAAACAUUCCUCUAUGAUGGUCCUUUACCAUCUUCACAAUCCGACUGCACCUGCAUUUGUUACUACAUGCAAUGUUUGUCAUCUGGAUAUUGAAACUGGUCAAGGUUGGCGUUGUGAGGUCUGCCCAGAAUAUGAUGUUUGCAAUUCUUGUUACCAAAAGGAUGGUGGUAUUGACCAUCCACAUAAAUUGACCAACCAUCCAUCUAUAGCUGAGCGUGAUGCACAGAAUAAAGAAGCCCGACAACAAAGGGUUCUGCAGCUUAGGAAAAUGCUUGAUCUUUUGGUGCACGCAUCACAGUGCCGUUCUCCUCACUGCCAGUAUCCGAAUUGCCGGAAAGUGAAGGGGCUUUUCAGGCAUGGGAUACAGUGCAGAACACGUGCAUCUGGAGGUUGUGUUCUGUGCAAGAAGAUGUGGUAUCUCUUGCAACUCCAUGCUAGAGCUUGCAAAGAAUCUGGAUGCUAUGUACCCCGUUGCAGAGAUCUGAAAGAACAUAUAAGAAGGCUUCAACAGCAAUCUGAAUCACGUCGAAGAGCUGCAGUGAUGGAGAUGAUGAGGCAGAGAGCUGCUGAGGUUGCUGGCAGUUCUGGUUAAACCAGUCUUCUGUACAUACUAAAACAUAUGGGCUUCGUUUUUCUUUUUUGGGAAGGAAAGGCUUUCCUGAAAAGAAGAGGGAGGCAGAGUCAGCAACAGUUUUGGUGCCUGCUUGGAAUGAGGCAGUGGGAGUCAGGGGCGCAGCACAUGAUAAUUACAUAGAUGGGGUUGGAGUGGGGGGGAUAAAGCAAGUCUUAGUACAGAAGAUUGGUUUUUGAUCGACGCUUUGUGUUAGGGAUCAGAUUUUUUGAUUCAUGUCUCCGAAGCAAUCUCUCCCCUUACCCUCGUGCAAAGGAAAAGUGGAUAGAGAAGUUUCAUCGAGCAGACCGGAGGCGGAGAAAGAGCAGCAGCCUCACUUCCUGUGCCCCUUUCAGCAGCAGCUAACUCGAUAUAUAGUGUUCCCUCCAGGGAGACGUAGCAGGGUAUAGGAUUACUGAUGGUUGUGCUUAGUCAGGCGGGCAGGCAAGGCAUCUUAUGACGAAUUGGUGCGAUUCUUUGAUUUCUAUGUUCAAAGAAGGAAUGCUACAUUUCCAGAUUUUGCUGUUUAAAAGGAAACACACAAUGUGAAGGUCCACCCCUUGGUGGCCAACUCUGUACCAUAAUUAUUCUAAUCAUCUUCUUGCUUUAGUCUUUCCAAAUGACACAUAGUCUCUGCUUUCCUCUUCCCUGUUUCUAAUUGUUUCUCCUUUAAGCCCGAAGAUCCAGUGAAUCGUCAAUUAGAAAGCCUGUUUCCAAAACUACUUAGGGUUUCAGAUGGAAUGGGAAUUGGUGGUUUUCAUGUUUCCCUUAUUUGGUCCGUUAAACCGUCUCCUACGUAUGCAGUAUACUCCUUUCGGUGUCGCUGCAGCGUCGAUUGAAUUCACUCGUGCUUGCUGAUCUUGCGCUUCGUA